AUGAAAAGCAGUGAUGAGUCGGAGUUCAGCAAUGAGGAUCACAGCUCUGAGGAAGGAGAAGUCCAAUCGGAGCUUGACGAGAUCGAAACGCCGCUGGAUACGGUAGUAAAGAAGGACGAAACACCAUGGGAACGUGGUCUUCGUUUGGCGCGAGAACGUUUAGAGCGUACAAAAGCUUUGAAGGCGAAGGAGAAAGAUCUUGUUGAAAAACGUAUGAAUUUGCCUGUCCCGGCGCCAGUUGUAGAGAAGAAGAUUGAAGCAGCUUUCGAAGAUGAUUUCUUAUGGCCUUGCUAUUAUCAAGCAAGUAUAAUCGGGCGUACCGAAUUAACUGGUCACCGAUACCUACCAGAAGAUAUUCUCCCUCCAAGUGCAAGUGAAGCUGCAGAGUGGCGCCGACAAGUUACAAAACGUCAUCGUGGUCGUCAUCAGCGUCGUCGUAGUGGCAGUCAAAACUUUUCUUCUGCCUCAUCAUCAUCAUCUGCUUCAUCGUCAUCGAGAAGUACUUCCCGUAGUUCCAGUGGAUCUUCAAAUAUCUCAUCCUUAGCAUCUGUUGCUGUAUCAUGGAAAGAAACAUGUGCUAAAGCCAUGAAACCUUACUUGAGGUCACCUAGACCUCGACGUAAAUAUGAUAGCAGACAUUCAUCUUGUAGCAAUUCUCGAUCUUCUGAUUCUGAUUCACGGUCGGUUCGAUCUCAUUCAGCUUAUCCUACGGCAGCAAGUGGUGCUAGGUCUGGAAAUAUAGCUGAUCGAAACCGUAGUUACUGGGGAGCUGGAAAGCAUCGAGGUAGAAACAUUGAGUCUGGUAGAUCAUCUGCUUCAAGAUCCGAUUCUAAAUCAUCUGCUGGAUCUCGUGAUCGUCCGCGUAACCAGACUUGGUUUGGAGGUGCUGGAGGACGAUCUGGAGAUGUAAAGUCGUCUAAAAAUGAUCGUCAAACAAACCUACGUACUGGUCGAAGAUCUAAAUCAUCUGGUUCUCCACCUCGCCGACGUACUGAUGUUCCACCUCUUCCGAAUGAAAGACCGAUUAAAAGACCUUGGGUUGUAGCACCAUCACUUGCUGCAGCACAGAAUUUGUCUAAAGGUGAUGGACGUGUCAAAGACCAUCCGCGGUCAUCCUCCGGAUCUCGAAGUCCUACUGGUAAAGAUACUGACGAAAAAAGAUACAUCACAUCUUGGUCGCGUAGUCCAUCAUCGGGAGGUGAAACUGGUCGUGAUCUUCAUCUCCGUGAACGUUUGCCUGAUGUGGUUCCUGGUCCACAUGUUCGUAACAGACGAGGAGCGUCACCAAUGCGUAGAAAGAAAAGUCGUAGUCCAUUUGCAGAUGACAUUUCUGGACCACCAACUGUGGCUAAUUGGGUCCCACCAAAAUCUGUCAAUCAUGCAGAACCCAAUCAAAUGCCUAACAGUGGUCAUAUCCCUAGCCAAAACUGUCUUCCUGUAGAGCAUAUUGAACCUGAAUUAUACCGUUCUAACAAUACUGAUGUUGUUCCAGAUGCAGUCGCUUCUAGUCAAACCUCUGCGUUAACGGCAGGUGAGCUGCCACCGAAUCGACCCGGUGUUCGUUUAACGUUAGCACCACGCAUGAAGGCACCACCUGUGGGUAUCAGUUCACUUGCGGGUACGGCACCUACCCGCUCUUCUACAAAUCGUCCACCUCCUCAACCGUCAUCACCACCGCAACCUCGUCAAGUUCGGCAUCUCGGUGCUCCUAUCUUACAUCGUCAUACUUCUCCCAUUGAUUCCAAGGAACAUCCCAUCGUUGGUACUACUAAUAUUACAAUGCCCCUGACACAAGUUCGUUUACAAGCGGAAGCGGCGGCGGCAGCUUUGGAGAUACGUGAACGACGAAGAGCUGCCGCCGAAGCAGCGAAAAAACACCGACAUCCACGUCGACACAAACGGACUAAUCUUGAGAGUAUACCUAUGCGUGGUAGACCAACUUAUAGACGACAGUCAUUCUCAGUCUCUUCGGAAGCAUCUGGUAGUUCCACGUCAUCUCAUUCUUCUAGAUCACUAUCCGGAGAUCGUUCUCUUUCUGAAUCAGGUAGACCUACUGCAGUUCGACAUAGUCCAUUUGGUCGUCAAGUGUCAUCUAAACAAGAUCAGGAGACUAUUCGUCCAAGUGUUCGAAAACGUAUUCGUCAGGAUACACAGCGUACAAGUCUAAAAGAAAUAGAUGAGAAUACAACACGGCGACAUGCAGGUCGUCCUGGUACAAUUGACGGCACUGAUCCUCGUGAAUCUGUGAAUUACGCGCGCUAUGCGAAACAACCAGAUUUCACUGAACGUACUGCUCACAGAACACGUGGAACAGACCAAUUCGGUCAGAAGACAUCACAGUCACUUAAACGACCUUAUCCUUCUGGUUAUGAUGAAUUACCAGUACGCCAACGUCCAGAACGAGAUAUACAUGUACCUGGUGUCCGUUUUCCAAAUGUUCCUGUUGAAGAGCCGCACAGAAUUUCAGAAACACGGCGUUCUAUUGGACAGCCAGUCGUUACCAAAGAGAGAAUUGUCAGACCAAGAACGCCUCAUGGCUUGGAAAUGAUUGAUUUCAGUCGACGUUCACCUCAUGCAGAUGUUGAUGUAUUACCUAAAAUUAUCCGGAUUGAUAGGGAACAGUACCGAAGAGUUAAUUAUGAGGUACUGGACGUCAGUGUCUGCGAAAAACCAGCCGUUGAUCCCGCAUUUGUUGAUACCGAUAGUUUUGAUGCUAAACGUGCUCGUAGUCGUCAUCGUAGUAGAGGACCUGGUGGAACUAUUGACAGAUCAGAACCCUUCGAGUCAGACGCAGGAAGUUUUGCUGCAGAACAGCGUCUAAGGAAGCUCCGUGAGCGUUUAAACCUAGUAGAUGAUGCAAUUGCUGAAAUCAAAGCAGGUACUGGAGUACAAUCAAAUUUUAGUUUUGGUGACAUUCGAAGAUGAUGAAUACUCAAAGUUCGAAACUGCAAUGUGUACAUUGUCGUUCCCACUUAACUUAUUUGUGCACAAACCAACAAUAUUUGAUUACUCCUCAAGUCAAUUGUCUGUACUUUUCG